ACUGAGGACCAGCACUCGAAAUUAUAGGCUUACUGAGAGACAAUGUGUCCUAGUGAACAUUUCAGUGCAACCACGAUUUAGCGCUAACAUUUUAUUGUUUCCACUUUAAAUUUAAAAUUUCUGAGAUAUUAGUAAAGUUUGUAUUCGUAAAGUCACGCAGAUGCGCCCGAUUCGGUAUUAUUGAAAAGUUGUGAUUGGAUCGUGGCUAACUUCUUCUUCCAUGUAACUUCUGCCAGCAAUCCAUCGAUUAAGGUGUUUUGAUCAAGGUUUGACCUGCAUUGCUUUUAUCACACGUUGUCACGAUCACAGCUGAGGUAAAGUGUGGCAGUGCUGGAGUGACCCGAGAUGUACUAGAGACGUGGUCCCAGAAGAAUAGUCCUGGCGUUCCAGAAUGUCUCUCCUCUGUUCCCGUCUGCCGUUGCCAUGGUUACUGCUAGUCCUCCUCAUGCUCCUCUCCUCCGGGAUUCAAUCCAGGCCAGUCUCCCCUGAAGAAGAAGCAACUGACAGUGUGACAUCAUCUGAAGAUAAGGAUGAAGACAUAGAUGAGUCUUCCUCAGAGGAAUCCAUGCCAUCCAAUGAGAUAUCAACCAGCAUUGAAAAUACUGCACUAGCCGGGGCCCCCCAGUGGCUCAGGAAGAUGCAGAAGCGCCACAGCACCGUCCCUGCCAACGGCACCGCCCGGUUCAGGUGUCGGGCCACGGGGAACCCCAGACCCACAAUGCACUGGUACCGGGAUGGGCAGGACCUGGCUCGAGACCAAAGAGCUGCAGGGUUUAAGGUGUUGGAGGAGUCGUGGUCGCUGACCCUGGAGUCUGUGGGUCCGUCCGACGGAGGCAGCUACACCUGUGUGGUGAAGAACGAGUACGGCAGUCUGAACCACACCUACGUGCUGGACGUAAUCGCGCCAAAUGCAAUCCUUCCCAUGCCAUUGGCGGUUCUCCCGUCCAAUCAAACGGCGGUCGUCGGUAGCGACGUGAGGUUUAUCUGCAGGGUGUCCGGGAACCCCCGCCCAGACGUCCUGUGGUUCAAACACAUCGCCGGGACCGGCAGCACGGAGGGCCUGGAGGGCAUCCCUUAUGUCCGCGUGCUGAAGACGGGCUCGCUGGUGGGGGACGCCGAGGUGCUGCUGCUGAGGAACGUGAGUGAGGACGACGCGGGGCCCUACACCUGCAUGGCCGGGGCCGCCAGCCACUCCGCCUGGCUGGCCGUCGCUGCCCAUCCCGCCCCCUCCCCCUCUAUUCCCCUGUCCUCAUUGGACAUCAUCCUCUAUUGCUCCGCCUUCUUCGUCAUCGUCACCCUGGCGGCCAUAGCAACGGUCUGCCACUUGUACUGCGCUCCGAGGAAGAAGGCGGUUGCCGACAUUCACCCGGCGUUCCUGGGCUUGGACAAGAGUCUGCACCUGGCCAAACAGGUGUCCCUGGACUCGACUUCCUCCCAGCUCGGUCUGACCCAUCGCUCUCUCGGGACCGUCCCGUCUCUCCCUUACCUGAACAAGGGGUCGGAGCCCCAGUUCUCCUACGACUCGGCUUGGGAGCUCCAUCGAGACAGGCUGACCCUGGGUAAAGGCCUUGGCGAGGGCUGUUUUGGGCAGGUGGUGCUGGCGGAGGUGGUGGGCCUGGAGAAGAGCCGUCCCACACGCGUCACCAAGGUGGCGGUGAAGAUGCUCAAAGCGGACGGGACAGAGAGGGACCUGUGUGACCUGGCCUCCGAGAUGCAGAUGAUGAAGAUGGUCGGCAGACACAAGAACAUCAUCAACCUGCUGGGAGCCUGCACCCAGGAGGGUCCUCUGUACGUGGUGGUGGAGUACGCGUCCCGGGGGAACCUCCGGGACUACCUGCGCUCCCGCCGGCCCGAGGGCCAGGAGUACUGCAGCGGGCCCUGGAAGGUGGCCCUGGGCGGGGUGGGGGUCUCGGAGCUGGUCUCCGGGGCCUACCAGGUGGCCCGGGGCAUGGCCUACCUGGCCUCCAAGAAGUGUAUUCACAGAGACCUGGCGGCACGCAACGUGCUGGUCACAGAGGACGAGGUGAUGAAGAUCGCUGACUUCGGCCUGGCUAGAGACGUGCACCACAUCGACUACUACAAGAAGACCACCAACGGACGAUUGCCUGUGAAGUGGAUGGCGCCAGAGGCUCUGUUUGACCGUGUAUACACACACCAGAGUGACGUCUGGUCCUUCGGGGUGCUGCUGUGGGAGAUGUUCACCCUGGGGGGCUCCCCCUACCCGGGGGUCCCUGUGGAGGAGCUCUUCAAGCUGCUGAGGGAGGGCCACCGCAUGGAGAGACCCUCCUCCUGCACCGCGGAGCUGUAUGGUCUGAUGACAGCCUGCUGGCGCUCUGGUCCAUCCCAGAGACCCACCUUCCACCAGCUGGUUCUGGACCUGGACCACACACUGUCCCAGAUCACCAACAAGGAGUACCUGGAUCUGUCGGCUCCUGGGGUUCAGUGUUCUCCAGCGAUGCCCGAUGACGGCAGCUCCUCCUGGGCUUGAGUUCAGCACAUCCUCCCCCCUCUUCCUCCACCUUGAACACAGAGCUCCAUACGCCCUCUAGCGGUGGUGUUGAGGAACUUGUAGCUGGUUGUGUGAAGGAACUAGUAGCUGCUUCAGAAGUCAGUGGUGAUGAUGGAGGUCAGGGGGGGGGGGGGGAUGAUGGAGCAGCUGGUUCUGAGUGGAUCCUCUCCCUUCCACCUUCUGGUCCAAGCCGGGUUCUGGUGGAGCAUCCAUGGAGUGGUUCCCUAACCUUUAAAGGGCCGGCGCCCCAAUUUUUAUGUCUGAAUGAAAUCCUACGACCCCAAGCCUCUCUUAUGUUUGUUCAUCUGCUUCCCCAACACAUUGUUUCAACCCUAUGAAUUUCUGGGAACUUUUAUGCAUUUAAGUGAUGGUUGCUAGCCUUUAUCAAUCAUGAAGCAGUCUGUUGUGACACCUUUAUGGGACCUUUCAAACCUU